GCAUGAGUCAUUUCCGCCAUGUUGGAAGAGGGAGAGAGAACGUGCCGUGUGGAAAAUUGCACACGUCUCUUACCCGGGAGGGAGGUUUGAAGCCGGGGACAGCCUAAAAAGGCACAAAGUGUCCCGAAAGUGCGUGAUUGUAGCCAUGAACAGAGCUCCCCUCCACUGUGUCUGCUUCCUCUGCUUGCUGACGUUUGGACUGUUCCAUCAGGCGGAGGCCGUGGCCCACGAUGGCUUCGACCCAGUCUCCGUCACCGCCAAGGACCCGUAUCUCGAGUCCCUCAAGAACAACGAAGUCUUACAGAAGCUAUUCAAUAAGUAUGGCAAGGACGGGAAGAUGACCUUUGAAGGUUUCCAGGAGCUCCUGGACAGAUUGGGACUUGGUGAGGUGAGGAUCGUGCACCAUGAAGCGAUGAUCAUUGAUCACAAAGAAGGCAGGAAUAGUAGUACUGACACUGUGUCGGUUGUGGACACAUUUGGAGACACUGAUCAUGUGCAUUAUCCGCACAAUGAUAAUUUAGAUGGUGGUCAUUCUGAUCAUGAUGGGCAUGACCAUCGUGAGGAAAGUGGUACCGGUCAUCAGAAUCAGGACCAUUCAGAUCACUCGCAUGAUCAGGACUCCCAUGAAAGUGCAAUGUCUGGGGAAGCACACAGUGAUCAUGAUCAUGACCAUGCCCAUGAGGAGCCAACACAGACAAUAAAGCAGGUUCCACAGAGUCCAACCACAACACCAGUUCCCGUGCCUGCUGCCGUGCAGGAAGCACCCUCGCCCAGACCGGGGAGGCACAGCAGUAGCAGGAGGCAGAGAAGAAAAGGGAAGAGGCGACAGAGGCAGAGGGGGAGGAAGUCCAAGGUAGUGCCAACGACCAGUAGUACUAGUGUAGACCUUUUGGAGAUCACAACAGAGACGCUCAGAAGGGACCGCAGGCGUGUAGGCAGGCAGACAGGCAGAGAAGAGGAUGAACACCACGAUGGUCACGAUCAUGACGACCAUGAAGAGGAGCAGGAACAUGGACUUGAGGAUCAUGAUCAUGAACAUGGAGAUCAUGACCAUGAACAGAAAGAUGACCAUGAACAUGAAGAUCACGACCAUGGAGAUCAUGACCAUGAACAUGAAGAUCACGACCAUGGAGAUCUUGACCAUGAACAUGGAGAUCAUGAACAUGAUGAUCAUGACCUUGACCAUGGAGACCAUGAACAUGAUGAUCAUGACCAUGAACAUAGGGAUCAUGAACAUGAAGAUCAUGACCAUGAACAUGGAGAGCAAGACCAUGGAGACCAUGAACAUGAUGAUCAUGACCAUGAACAUGGGGACCCUGAACAUGAAGAUCAUGAACAUGAUGAUCAUGACCAUGAUGAUGGAGAUCAUGAACACGGAGAUAACGAUCAUGAUAACCAUAAUCAUAAAUCCCAUGACCAUGGAAAAGAUGACCAUGAUGACCAUCUGCAUGACCACAACAAUGAAGACCAUGAUCAUCAUGACCAUGAGCCAGGUGCCCAUUGCCUGUCUGCAGCGGAGAUCCUGGUAGAGUACAACAUCCCACCAGGCAUGAAGGUCAUGACCAUGCCAGACUUCAUGAACAUCUGCCCACUGCUCAUCACACAGAUCGAUGAACAGGCCUGUAUGGUACAUGAAGAGGAUUCGCAUGAUCACAGUGAACAUGAGGAGCACAAGGGGACAGAGAUGCCAGCAGCAGUCUGGGGAUAUGGAAUCUUGGCUGUGACUGUCAUCAGCCUCUUGGCUGUUCUGGGAAUCGUGCUUCUCCCCUUCAUGGAACAGAGAGUGUACCAGUUCCUGUUGUGCUUCCUGGUGGCGCUGGCCGUGGGAACACUGACGGGAGAUGCAGUUCUACAUCUUCUACCACAUGCACUCGGCCUCCAUGCUCAUGCAGACGAGGACGGUCAUGAGGGCCAUGAAGGUCAUGAUGAAGGUCAUGGUGAUAAGGGCGGCCAUCUUGACCCAGUGCUGAAAGGUCUGACGGUGCUGUUUGGGAUCUACUUCCUGUUCAUCAUGGAGAAACUGAUGGGCGUCAUGACCAAGAGGAGGGCCAAAAGAAAAGCAAAGAAACUCCGAAAACAGAAGGAGCUGGCCCACCCUGCGGAGUCCUAUGAGUUGAAGGUGGCAACAGACUCACCUAUAGAGGACGACCACUGCCACCACCAUCAUCAUCAUCAUCACCAUGACAACGAGAAGCUGAAGGAUGCUGGGAUAGCCACCAUGGCAUGGAUGGUGAUCAUGGGGGACGGGCUGCACAACUUCAGUGAUGGCUUGGCUAUAGGGGCUGCUUUUGCCAGUGGGAUCCCAGGAGGUGUGAGCACAUCUAUUGCAGUCUUCUGCCAUGAGCUGCCACAUGAACUUGGUGACUUUGCUCUGCUGAUCAGGGCAGGCAUGUCGGUGAAACAAGCCAUCCUCUACAACCUCAUGUCUGCCUGUAUCUGCUACAUCGGGCUGCUGAUCGGACUGGGCAUUGGCAAACUGUCAGGAAACGUCAUCCAAUAUGUGUUCGCUGUCACCGCCGGGAUGUUUCUGUAUGUUGGUCUGGUAGACAUGUUGCCGGACAUGGUACAUCCCAAUCAGCCACAGGUCAUUGCGGAGCAUGACCACGGUGAGCACGGCCACGGUCACAGCCACAGACAGAACGACUUCUCUCUCGACAACAACCACGGGAAGAGGAAGAAGAAACAGGAGCCGGUUAAUCCUGUCUUGGUGCAGACCUUUGGACUUCUGGUGGGCAUUGGGAUCAUGUUACUCAUCGCAGUGUAUGAAGACAAAAUAAAGAUUUAACAAUCGCCAUAGAACAUUGUUAUUUUUGAUCAGGUCUAUAUGAUAGUUUAGAGCACUGCACAAAUGUUGUACCAGUAGAUAUUAUAUAUAUUGUUAUUCUGUCUUGUUCUGUGUAAUGAUAUCUAUCAGAAUAAGACUGGUUUUAGUGUGUGUUGAUGGGAAUGAGGAUCUGAUAGACUACAUAAUUAUGUAACUACAUACAUGUACAUACUAAGUACAUAUAUGAAAAGCUGUUAUAAAUAAGUGAGAAUUUUCUGUAUAUCUUGGUCCAUUCUGAUGUUAAUGAAGAGACGAUGUGUAUACAAUGGUUUGAAAUGUUGUUGGUAGAACAGGAUGUAGGGACUGUUGCAGUGAAUAUAGAUAUUUUGGAAUGCUUAGUGGCCAAAUCUAGAUAGGUAUGAAAUCAAAUCAUACCUUUUGCAAAGGAAAUAGUGCAUUUAUUUUGAAGAGUAUGACAAUACUCCUAUGUGCUAAUAAUUGCUAAGUCCUGUUGUGUGAGCUGGCUGAGGCCAGAAAGUUCAUAUAAUGGACCAGGAAAGUUGGAGAGUGAUGUGGUGUUUUUUCCCUUCAACUCAAUGAUUGAUGCAGUACUGUUGUUUUUUUGUCAAUCUGCAGCUUUUAAAUCAAAUUUUUAUACAAAUUUAUGCUCAAGUUGUCCUUUUGGUGCACUUUUUAUCAAUUUCUGUCUCCCCCAUCCUUCUGGUCCAUAUGUUGGCAGAAUGCAAUGCACCUGACGUGUGUGAAACUCAGAAUGUAUUGUGCAUAGCACUUUAGCAGAUUACCUUGUUUAAGGUUGUUUUGGUGUACAGUAUUUAAGUAUAGUGUCUGCAACAGGCAAUGUUAACGUCCAACAUAAACUAAAAAGUAUGGAUUUCAUGCAGACACAGUAUGUUCUGCUGUCCAUCCUCAAAUAUUUAAAAAGGUCCUGUACUUAAUGAUGAUGAUAUGAAGGUACAUAUCAGACAAACCUGCAGUUACAGGUAAUAGUGACUUUAGUAGUAUUAGUGUUUUAUUUUCGUUUCCCCUCAAGUGUUGUCUUUGUAGAGUCCAUUUUUUCCAUGUUGUGUUGUCAAACAUGUUUUUUUUUUCUUUGAACACGAUCCUUGAAGUGCAUUUUUUAAAGAUUUGGUCAUGAUUUUGCAUCAUUAAUAUUGCUUAUUGGUAAGGAAGAAUAGUUUUUCCAAUGUUUUAAUUUGGGGUAAUGUGCAGUGUCAUGUCAAGAGGUCCUGAAAUACAUAUUAAAUUUAUCCCUAUCAGACUAUUUUCUUUUAAAUUCCACAAUGUAUGUGUGAUAGUUCACAAUAUUCACAAAUGAUAUUGAAAAAUAGCAAUUUUUAGAAAGUCACUAUCGGAGUAUAAGAAUUAUGAUUUUUGCACAAGAAGUUGGUAUUUAUAGAAUAAACAAUCACAUUCAGGUU